AUGGACCAGUCGGAUACUUUUGGAAAGUUGUUACCGCGCAAGCCGUGCGUGGAUAAAGCGGCGGAGACGAAAGCAGGCGAAAGGUUCUGUGAAUACAUGCAAAAACCUCAAGCAGCCGACAAUGAGCCUCCAUGCAUAACCCCAAACUAUCACGCGAUUGCGAAGGAGUACUGCGCUAAGUCGUGUGGUCUUUGUGAGUGA